AUGGUGAGCAGAAGAAUGGAAUUUUGGAUCUGGAAUGGAAAUCUUGUCAUCAGGAUGCUGCUGCUAUUGAUGCUGCUGCUGCCGUAUGAUGAAUUAUGUGGGAUGCCAUCCAUUAAUUGCUCCAUAAAGGAUGACCCCUUUCCUAUCCCACACAACUUCUAUCAACCAGGCAAUAUUUCUAUUGGUGGGAUCACCAAUCAAGUUGCUUUCUUUAAUGACCCUGUAUCUUUCAUACAGCACCCAAUACAUAUGACACUUGAUGAGCCAAUGUCUUACACAAAAAACUACCAGCACAUCUUGGCCCUGGCAUUUGCUGUAAAGAAGCUGAAUAAAGAUCCCAACUUAAUUCCAAACAUCACUUUGGGUUUCUACAUUCUCAACAGCUAUAACCUUGGAAGGAUGACUUUUAAGGCAACCCUCAGCUUACUUUCUGGACAGCGGAAACUAGUUCCUAACUUCAGCUGUGAUUACCUGCAGAAAACAAUAGCUGUCAUUGGAGGGCUUUUGUCUGAAACCUCUGCUAAUUCGGCCACCAUUUUGAACAUCUACAAGACUCCUCAGCUCACUCAUGGGACAUUGUCUCUUGCAAAGGGUGACAGAGAGAAGUUUCCUUCGCUAUAUCAGAUGGUCCCCAGUGAAGCCUAUCAGUACAGGGGAAUUGUACACUUGCUCCAUCAUUUUAGAUGGACUUGGAUUGGGCUCCUGGCUAUGGAUGAUGACUACGGAAACCAGUUCUUGCAGACAAUAGUACCUAUUCUCACUGAGAAUAGCAUUUGCUCAGCAUUCACAUUCAGAUUACCAAAAGCAACUUACAUGGAAGAGAUGGUAGAACAGAUGACCGUAAAACUGGCUGAAAGGUACCCAGAUCUUAUGGACAGAAAAACAAAUGUAUUUUAUUUGUAUGGACAACCUCCAGUCAUGAUGUGUUUGAGGCUCAUUUUUUGUUUAUCCUCUUUCACUUCUUUACCUCCUCUGAGUAAAGUGUGGAUAAUUACAUCUCACUGGGAUUUUGGAUCAUUUGCUUUCCAAGAUUUUUUAGAUGCGGGAUCCUUCCAUGGUACCCUCUCGUUUACAGUCCAUUCCAAUCAGCCGCCUGGAUUCCAGGAAUUCCUUCAGACCAUAAGACCUUUCUGGGCUGAAGCAGAUGGUUUUAUUCAGCCCUUCUGGGAGCAGGCAUUCAGCUGUUCAUUGAAGCACAAACUGGAGAAAAUCUGCACAGGAGAGGAGAAACUGGAGAGCCUUCCUGGGACUUUUUUUGAAAUGCAUAUGACUGGCUACAGCUAUAACAUCUACAACGCUGUCUAUGCUGCAGCUCAUGCUCUGCACAAUAUCAACAUACAUGGAUCCAAACAAAGAAGACUGGCAGGAGGUGGGAGACUGGACGUUCAAAAUAUACAGCCAUGGCAGUUACACCGUUUCUUACAGAGAACCUUGUUCAACAACAGUGCCGGAGAAAGUGUGCGGUUUGAUAAAAACAGAGAACUGGUGACCGUUUUUGAUCUUGCCAACUGGCUUAUCUUUUCAAAUGGGUCCUUUGCUAGAUUAAAAGUGGGAAAACUGGAUCCUUUUGCCCCAUCAGACAAUCAGCUGACUCUGAAUGAUGAUCAAAUAGUGUGGCACAGAGGCUUUAAACAGGGGCUUCCUGUUUCUGUCUGCAAUGACCAAUGCCAGCCUGGUUACAGCAAGACAAAGAGGGAAGGGGAGAAGUUUUGCUGCUAUGAUUGUAUUCCAUGUCCAGGAGGAAUGAUCUCUGAGCAGAAGGGGAAAUAUAUGGAUUCCUGUGUAAACUGCCCAGAAGAGCUACAUGCCAACGUAGAUCACAAUAAGUGCAUUCGCAAGAUUCUAAACUACCUUUCUCACAAAGAACCUUUAGGGAUUGUCCUAGCUCUCCUGGCCACUUCUUUCUUUCUAAUCACAGUUAUUGUUUUUACAAUCUUUGUGCAAUACCAGGACACUCCGAUAGUCAAAGCGAACAACCGGAGCCUCACCUACAUUCUCCUCGUCUCCCUCCAGCUUUGCUUCCUUUGCUCCUUGCUUUUCAUUGGGCAGCCUGGAAAAGUGACCUGCGUUCUCCGACAAACCGCUUUUGGCGUUAUCUUCUGUGUAGCCAUUUCUAGUGUGUUGGCAAAAACCAUCACUGUGGUUCUGGCCUUUAUGGCUACCAAGCCAGGAUCCAGCAUGAGGAAAUGGGUAGACAAAAGAAUAGCAAAUGCAUUUAUAGUUUUCUGUACUUUUAUUCAGGCAAGUAUUUGUAGUGUUUGGUUAAGCACUUCCCCACCAUUCCCAGAAAGAGACAUGCAUUCGCUGAAUGGGAAGAUUAUACUCAAAUGCAAUGAGGGCUCAGCUACCAUGUUUUAUUGUGUCCUGGGCUAUAUGGGUUUUCUGGCCACCAUCAGCUUCACGGUGGCUUUUCUUGCCAGGAAGUUGCCUGACAGUUUCAAUGAAACCAAAUUUAUAACUUUCAGCAUGUUAGUCUUUUGCAGUGUAUGGUUGUCCUUUGUGCCAGCUUACUUGAGCACCAAAGGUAAAGCCAUGGUAGCCAUGGAGAUCUUCUCCAUUCUCGCCUCCAGUGCUGGUUUACUGGGGUGCAUUUUUUGCCCUAAAUGCUAUAUCAUUAUUCUAAAGCCUGAGCUAAACAACAGGGAACAGUUAAUCAAGAGAAAUAACAAAAGAAUGUAG